AGAAUGUGAGUGGUUAGGCCUUAGUCCAUACGACGCUGACCCAAUGCUGAUUGGCAAACAAAAUUCUCUGGUAUGCAGGUUUCCUUACGAUGUUUUCCUUUACCGUUUGAGAAGCACAUACUUAGGUAACAAUUAACUUUUGGUGCAAACAAAAAAAAUAUAGUUAUAGCAAAAUUAUAUGCCCAAGUAAGGUACCCAUAGUUACCUUACAGACUUUCAACUUGAUAGAAAAGUUACAAAGAUAAUGUCUUUAAUACGGUUGCCAUAAUAAAAGUUCAACAACGCAAAAAUAUUGAUUAAACAACAAUAUGUCUGAAAACAAACAGAUUUCGAAACAGGUGCGAACAUACCAGCCCACGUAUCAGUUGGAGUCAAGAAAACGCUUCAAUAUAGAAGACGUUGAGAAAACUCUGCAAAACAUCGUUAACUCCGAGUUAGAAGAGGUGGAAUACAGCGAUAAGACUGCUGCAGAUUUGUGCAUCAGUUUGACAGAAAAUAUAAGGACAGCCAUAAAAGAAGAAAAUUAUGACAGGUAUAGAAUAAUUGUAGCCGUGAGCAUCGGCCAGAGGCGGCAGCAGAGCGUCCACGUGUUCCACUCCUUCCUGUGGGACCACGAGCGAGACGGAUAUGCUUCCUACAAUUUUGAGAAUUGCCACAUAUUUGCCAAUGUCGUUGUGUAUGGAAUCUACUUUGAUUAAACUGUUUGUUACCCACAUUUAAAUUUAAUAUGCAUUUUUAUUUACUGUUGACGUAGCGUCAUUCAUUUAUACGUUCAUUCGUUCUUCCGGUAAAUCGGAUUUUA